AUGCAGGGUGAGAGUGGUACAGCUUUAACUGCAAUGAAUAUCAACGGUGGAGGAAGAACCAUCUGUGACCGUCCGAUUCCGAAGAGAGGUCAGGUAAAGCUUGGAAUUGUGUUGGGAAUUGCCAACUCGGUUGUUUUCAUGUUGACACCAUCAUGUAUUACUGCACCUGCUCCAGUUCAACUUUUACUUUAA